UGUAGUUGAGAUGAUGACGGUCGGACUAAUCCAGAAUUCGGUAACAUCAAAAUGCGUUUUGUGUUGCAGCUAAUUCGUUGGUGAAUCGACAGACACUACUGAAGCUUUUAUCGGCUUAGCCUGCCCGAGAGACUACCGGUGAAGAACUGACGCGAGGUAAGCCCUCCAAGUUUUUAUCGCCCACAAAAAAUCAGCAGCCCAGGCGUUUCGUGUUGCCGUGCGCUUCAUGAAGAUAAGAGGAAUGGUGAGCAGUUCUGUCCUGAACUCACUCCCAGACUCGAUUGAUUCAGACGGCUUUGCGGAAGAGGCAGGGCUAGCGGCGUGGUACACCGGUGAUGAGUACGGUAAUCGCACUAAUCUGACACGGGAGACUUUUCAGUGGCCCACCAUGGGGCCCGAUAGCAACGACGAUGCAGUCGGCCAACCGCCGGAGUGGGCUCUGGUUAUCGUGGCGGUGAUCUUCUCCAUCAUUGCCCUGACUGGGAUCCUCGGCAACGGGACGGUCAUUCGCAUCGUGUGGUCCAACAAAACCAUGAGAAACGUCCCGAACAUUUUCAUCGCAAGUCUGGCCCUGGCGGACUUGUUGGUUCUGGUCAGCUGCGUGCCCAUCACCGUGGCCAACUACUUACUUCCGGACUAUGUUUUCGGCGACAUCAUGUGUAAACUGAUGCCCUUCAUCCAGUUCACGUCCAUCGGGGUGUCCAUCUUCACGCUGACGGCCAUGAGUUACGACCGGUACCGAGCCAUCGUCAAGCCCAUGAGUCUCCAGGCUAACCACACGCUCAGACGUACCAACAUCCUGGCCGUUUCCAUCUGGAUAGGCAGCAUGUGUCUGGCCGUUCCGGACGUUGUCUUCUCCAAAGUCAUCACAAGAUUUAACGCCACCAGCCAUAACGAAACGUCUGUUUUCUACAUGCGCUCCUGUGUGCCGUUCCCGAUGGAGUACACACCGACGUACCCCCAAGCGAACGCGCUGGUACAGUUUACCUUGAUGUACUGUAUUCCUCUCAUCACUAUUGGAGUCUUCUACGUCCUGAUCGCCCGUCAUCUCAUCCUGUCGGCUCGGAACAUGCCCUGUAAGAACAUGUCCACGGUUCGACAACUAGAGGCACGCAAGAACGUCGCCAAGACCGUGCUGAUCCUCGUGGCCAUCUUCGCCCUGUGCUGGCUGCCCGUGCACAUCGUCAACCUGUGGCGUUGGUUUCCCUGGGGGGACUCUCCUCUCCCGCCCCCGCCCCUGGUGCAGUUCGCCGGGAUGGUGGUGUCCCAGGGACUCAUGUACUCCAACUCCUGCGUCAACCCCUUCGCGCUCUUCCUCCUGAGCAAGAGUUUCCGCACCCUCUUCAAACGGUACCUGCUGUGCUGCUGCACCACCGAGGCAGAGCGCAAGAGGCAGCUGGAGGAGAACGCGAUGAGGACGCUGAGAUAUACGGCCCUCCGUCGGACCGUCACCACCACCAACAACACGGGCAUGACACGAGCUGACACGUGCAUGUCAACCAUGACAGUCCUCUAGACA